AUGGUCCACACAGGGGAAAAGCCAUUUAAAUGCAUGGAGUGUGGAAAAACUUUUGCUCAAAGGGGUCAUCUUAUUUCCCAUAAAAGGGUCCACACAGGAGAGAAACAAUAUAAAUGCAGGGAAUGUGGAAAAACCUUUACUCAUAGCAAUGGACUUACUAUCCACAAAAAGCUCCACACAGGAGAGAAACCAUAUUUAUGUAUGGAGUGUGGGAAAAUCUUUGCUCAAUGUAAUUAUCUUGCUUCCCAUGAACUGAUCCACACAGAGGAGAAGCCAUAUAAAUGCAUGGAGUAUGGAAAGAUUUUUGCUCAGAGGUCAUAUUAUUUCCC